UGUGGAGCUCUUCCUCUCCUUGACCACACCACGCCUAUCACUUCGCUUCUCGGGCCUCUCCUCUCGCGAGCGAGCGAGCGAGCGAGCGAUCCCAGAGGCGACAGUGCGAGGCGGCUUUGGGUUGAGGAUUGGCGAACGGAGGAGGAGGAGGAGGAGCGAUGGUUUCGUCUUCCCCUCCCUUGGGUUUCAUCUUCAAGGCUCCGAACCCGGGUAUUUGUCUGCCUACGCCGGUGGCCGCCCCCGGACUCGGCGGAUUGGGCGGUUCUUCUCGAAUCCCUUUGUUUUCCAAGCCGUCCGUCCGUGUGUCUCUUGAUUCCUCAUGGGUUGGAAUCGAAAGGCCGCAUCUUUCAUAUGGAGCUCUCCGUCCUGGAAGAACUAUCGGACACUGCGGUUUUACUAAAGGAGAUAAUGAAGAUGGAGAUAAUUGGAGUAUUGAACAGAGAGAUGGUUUAUUUUCAUCUGGGUUAUCAGAAGAAAGUGGUCUCCAAAUUCCAACUCAAGCUCAGACUCUUGUUGAAGGUUCAGCCACAGUGGCUGUUUCGGAGUACAAACCAACUCCAGAUAUUGAUUAUCUAAUGGAACUUUUGGCUAUUCAACAGCAAGGACCCAGACCAAUCGGAUUCUUUGGGACACGUAAUAUGGGGUUCAUGCAUCAGCAGCUUAUUGAGAUUCUCAGCUAUGCCAUGGUUAUAACUAAGAACCACAUUUUUACUUCAGGAGCUUCUGGGACUAAUGCAGCUGUUAUCAGGGGCGCUUUAAGAGCAGAGAAGCCAGAGUUGCUCACUGUGAUCUUGCCCCAGAGCCUGAAAAUGCAAUCACCUGACAGUCAGGAGUUGUUAGCUAAGGUUCGAAAUCUAAUCGAGAAACCUGAAAAUGAUCAGUUGCCAUUAAUUGAAGCUAGCAGGCUGUGCAAUAUGGAUAUCUUAUCGAAGGUGCAACAAGUUAUAUGCUUUGCAUUUCACGACAGCAAAUUGCUCAUGGAAACAUGCCAAGAAGCCAAGAAACUUCGAAAAAUUGUGACUCUAUUUUAUCUCGAUUGAUCUCCAUGGUCGGAACACAUUUUAGUAUAUACUGUCCUGUCUAUAGGAUGGCAGAUGAUGAGAGUCAUUCGAUUCUUCUCUUUGUUUUUCUUUUCCUUCUUCCUACUUCACUGUUUGAUAGGUAGCUCGUUCUUUUCGGUGCAAAAGGAAUUACUUGUUGAUUUUCAUUCUUAGUAGAAAAAAAAUGAGUUAUCAGGGAAA